GACAAGUUACUGGCAAUCCGGUAAAGCUGCAGAACGUACCCUCACAGCCUUAUUAAGGAUUCAAGGUUCAUUAAUACAUGAUUUGCUAUGCAGAACAAUCCAUUAUAAUUGGAUAAUAGGAAGUCACUGCUAUUGAUGUGCUUGUGUGUAUACUGGCUUCAGUCUGUGUUGCCUGAAUACAAAGCAAUGGUAUUUCUGGUAUGUUCUAAAUUUACUAAUAUGCAAUGCAUGCUGGGUAAAUGUACAAUGAUUGAUACUUAUUGGUGUUAUCACAGGUUUCAUUUGCUGUAAACAUGCAGAUUUCUACACUCUAGUUUGGCAAAGGUGAAUGGGUUUUUGACCAGUUUGACUUUGUGCUGUUUUCUAAACAAGGAAGUGUCAGGAACAACUAGCAAAAGUUAGGUUUGGUCAAGCCAUUUUUAAAUGUAUUUUGGAAGAUACUGCAGUCAAGUGAUUACCUCAGCAAUGCUUUAAUAGUGUAAUAUACAUUUUGAAUUAGUCAUUGAAUACCAAGCUUGAAAGUAUUUAAAUGCAUUUUGUAAGCUCAUUCACUAAACUCCAAAUUGUAGCAAAUUAAAAUGUUAAUUGUAAAAUUCAAAACGUGAACUAGCUAACAAAUAAUUUUUCCAAAUCACUUAUUUUUGCCAUUUGGAAUUACAUUGUCUAUUUUGGUAAAUAACGCAAAUAGAAUUACUACAUUUCCACCGCUCUUGCAAAUAAAGUGCAUGUUAUGUGGUCUUGAGCAAUUGUCACAACCCCAGCUUGCCAUCAACAAGUGUGUGUUUGUAAUGUCACAUUCCGAGAAACCUGCAAUGGAUUUCUGUUUUCAGGGAGUUCAUAAGGAACUAAAUUACUUGUUUCUAUCUGAACAGAAUGCCACUAGAAUGUUAGUUUUUUUUAGUCUUAGAGUCAGGGCCGGUGCAAGGAUUUUUGCCACCCCAGGCAAAAAAAAUGUUGUUGCCCCAUUUGCUCCACCCACUCAUGCAGACUGACACACACCCUCUGACCCGAGCAGACUGACACACACGCACUGACCCAUGCAGACUGACGCACACAUGCACUGACCCACGCAGACUGACGAAUGCAGAUGGACACGCGCACACACUGACCCAUGCAGACACACACAUGUACACUGAUGAAUGCAGACACACAUACUGGCCUAUGCAGAUGCAUACACUGACACACAUUGAUACAUACAGACAGGGGCAGGCUGGGACGGGAGGCAGGGAGGCAAUUGCCCCCCAGGCCACCCUAAAUCAUUUUAAAAACGGCCGCUGCAGGGCCGAUCCUAAUGCUGCAGCGCUCUGUAAAUAGCCUUAGGCGACUGCAGCGCAGCUUCUCACCUCACCUUCCCUGUAGCUCCUCUCCGGUCCACGGUACCCGGCUGGAGUGAUAGGAAAGUGCACACACAGGUAUUUGUUUUCCCAUCCCUUCAGUGUUUCUCCGAUUUCUUCCAUUAGUCUGCCAUAAUUUAGCUCUAGUAGUUGGCCGGGAUCUUUCUCAAUCCCAGGAACGUCAGGUAGUCCUCCCUCCAGUCAAAUUGGAAGCUGUCUUUUAAUUGGCUUAGCGUGCCUUGAGUCAUCCCUAUCCCCAUGGCCUGUGUUUUCAUGACAUUUAAUUUGUAAUAAGAUUGUUCCCCAUAUUCUUUUAUUUCAUCUAGGAGGUUCGGCAGUGAUAUAUGUGGUUGUGUGAGCGUCAGCAUCACGUCGUCUGCAAACAGUCCCACUUUGUAUUCUUGUUUCCCUAUCCUUACCCCUAUCCUUACCCCGUGUAUGUUGGCGUUGUCUCUAAUGCAUGUGGCUAGAGGUUCUAGGGCUAGUAUAUACAGCAAUGGUGACAGGGGGCAGCCUUGCCUUGUUCCAUUGGAUAGCCUGAAGGGCUCCGACAGGAACCCAGAGUUCAGCACUUGUGCCGCUGGUGUACUAUAUAGUGCCUCCACUACUGCUCCAAACUCCUCGGGUAUUCCGAAUCUUGACAUGACCUUGCUAAGGAAGCCCCAGUGCAGUCUAUCAAAAGCCUUCUCGGCGUCCAGGGAGACAAAUAGUCCACCUAGCUUUUCUGUCUAGAGUUUGUGUAAUAAAUUUAUGAUUUUUCUGGUGUUGUCUGCACCUUGUCUUCCUCUCACAAAGCCCACCUGGUCAUUGUGUAUUAUGUGUGGUAUGAUGUGUCCUAAUCUGAUUGCGUAGAGUUUUUUGCGAAUAAUUUUUCAUCUGUGUUUAAGAGUGAUAUAGGUCGGAAGUUUUGUGGCGUCAUGGGAGGUUUAUUGGGUUUCGGCAGUGUAACAAUGUGGGCUAAUAGCAUCUCCUUAGUUAGAGAUCUUGAGGCAGUUGUGGUUAAAUGCUAUUGCCAGGUGGGGUGCCAAGGUAUGUCUGAACUUUUUAUAGUACUGGUUUGUUAAGCCAUCUGGGCCUGGUGACUUGCCCGUUGGUAGGGUAUGUAUGACUUUUACAAUUUCUUGUGCUUCUAUCGGUUUGGUGAGGUCAUUUUGUUGUUGCGGUGAGAGUUGCGGCAGUUUUAUUUUGUCUAGGUAGGCUGUGAUGCCUGCCUCUGUAGGUUGUGUUGUGUUCCUGUCCUCUUGUAGAUUAUAGAGGGCGUGGUAAUAUUUAGCGAAUUCUUCGCUUAUUUCUCUAGGUGUAAUGCGUUUUUGGCCCUUGCUAUCUAGUAUGUAAGCAAUUUUUGGGUUUGCUUGUUUCUUUUUGAAAUGAGUGGCCAGAAGUUUGCUUGCUUUGUUUCCCUGUAUGUAGUGGGUUAUUUUUAGUUUUGUCAUGUUUGCUUGUGUUUGCUCUAGGGCCUGUUGGUGUAUUAAUCUGGUUAUAGUUGUGAUGCGUUGUUUGUUGGUUUCUAGCGGUUUUAUUUGAUUUUGUAUGUUUAGGUCAUACAACUCUUGCUGCCAUUUUUUGAGCUUAGUGUUCGUGAGUUUUUUGAGGUAUGCUGCCCUUCUAAUUAGUAGUCCCCUGGGUAAUGUCUUGUGAGCCUGCCAGACCGUUGUUGGUGUUACCUCUCCCGUGUUAUUUAGUGUAAAGUAGGAUUUUAGGUCUGCUGUUAGUUCCUCCAUGUAUUCCCUGUCGUGGAGUAAUGUGUAAUUGAGUUUCCAUGGGCUACUGUGCUUAUAGUCCUACAUGUUUUUCAUGUCAAGGAGCACUGGCGCAUGGUCGGACCACGUAAUCUGUAGUAUGUCGCAAAUGUGCAGUUGAUUUAAGUGUGGACCUGAUAGGAGAAAUCCAUCUAUCUGGGAGUAUGAGUUGUGUACAUUGGAAAAGUGGGUGAAUGCUUUAUCUCGUGGGUGUGUUAUGCGCCAUGCAUCGUAGAAGUGGUAUUUGUUUAUGAGCUUCUGGAUGGCCUUACAUUGUCUCCUCAGUGGUCGGUGUCUACGACUCUGUUGUGAUAGAGUGGUGUCUAGUUUGGGGUCUAAUAUGUGGUUGAAAUCCCCGCAUAUCACUGUAAUUCUUUUUUGUAUAUUACUUACUUUUUAAAGGAUGCUAUGGAGGAAGUUUUGUUGGUUUACAUUGGACGCAUAGAUGUUUACUAUUGUGUAGGGCAUAUCAUUGAUUACUCCCUUUACUAUGACAUAUCUGUCGUUUGCAUUAGUUUCAUGAUAUUGUGGUUGAAAAUUCAAGUGUUUGCUUAAGAGGAUGGAGGUUCCUCUAGAUUUAGCGGGUGAGGUGGCGUGAUACUGAUGCGGGAAGUGGAGAGAUUGAAUAGUGGGGUGAUCGUUGUGCCUAAAGUGUGUCUCCUUUAGGCACAAUAUAUCAGCGUGUAGUGAUGUGAGGUCCCUGUUUAACAAAUGUCUCUUUGCAGAUAUUAAGUCCCCGUACUUUGUAAGUACAUAUUCUCACAGUGGUUUCGUAACGCGCUGUUGCUUUUGAUGUAUCAUGCUAUCUAUUUCUACGGGGUCCAACACUCUCCCCAGCGUUAACAAGCUGAGUGAUGGUUCCCCUGUUUUGCUAAAGGAUCUGGGCGUUGCCAGAGCCGGCAGGAAGUUCGUGCAAGUAGUGGUCUCUUGGAAUUUGGGAGUUCUGUGUGAGAAAGGUGUACGUGUGGUAACGCUUAUGUGUCCCCUAGUGUUUUCCGUUUUUACAGGGGUACAAUAAACAGAACAGGAAAAAACAGGAAUGAACAUAACAAUAACAACAAAAGUAUAUACAGUCAAUAGUACUGCCCUAGGUAUGGCUAGGCACUGAGUCUCCAUGCCCUGGGGGUUGAAGCUACGCUUCUCGACUUGGUGGGUCCCCGUCUUUAUUGCUUCACUUAAGUUUUUCUAGUGUUGUGUCGCCCUACAUAGGCUUUUUAGUCAGUAUCGUGGUUUAUGUAUUGAAGUAGUAAAGUACUUUUGUUUUAUCUGAUGGUUGGAUGUGUUCUUUGCAUUUUCUGUCUGGAGAGCCUGGGUCUAUCGUCUGCCUUGGGGGUUAUGUGCUAGUGAUGUGGGUCAUUGCCUUCUCUCUGGGAAUAUCUGUCUCUGGUUGUCUAUGCUUUGGGCCCUAGCUGCUACCUCCUCUCCCUCUUGGCCCUAUUCUCUUGAUUCCCCGUGGAUUGACCUGGCAAAUUUAAGAAAAAGUUCCCUUUUUUUUUUUUUGCACUUUUUCUUAGGUAAUUACAAUGAUUCCAAUUACGUUACCCAUUCCUGGCUUCGUCCCGGCUUAGUCCUUACAUUCAUGGUUCGCCCUUAUAGUAAGUAUUUUGUGAUGGUAGCCAGUUCAUUUUUUCUUUGUUUUCUUCCAGUCUGGGAAGAGUCUGUUUACGGUUGACCUCACGGUCGAUUGCUCCGGCAUGUCGAUGUACCAGGUUUUAAGGGUUUGAUGUCCUUCUUCUGGUGAUUGUAUUACCGUGGUUUUUCCUUUCCGGUUGACCAGGAGUUUUGUCGGGUAUCCCCAGCGGUAUGGAAUAUGGUGUUCUCUCAUUCUCUGUGUUAUGUCUUUGAAUUCUCUCCGGCGUUUCAACGUGUAGGCGGAGAUGUCGGCGUAUAUCGCUAUUUUUUUGUAGAUCUCUGGUAGUCCUUUGCUCGUUCUAUUGGCAUUGAGUGCGGCUUCUUUAGCGUGGUAAUAGUGCAUGCGAAGUAGUACAUCUCUUGGUGUUUGAAUUCUGUGAGAGUGGGGGGCACCAAUGUGCACUGUAGUGGUAAUGGUGCUUGAAAUGUCUCUUUAGUGGAAUGUACAAUUUGAGCUAUGCUUUAAGACUUUUAUUCAUAAAAAAUAGAAUUUGGGGAAAAUCAAAGUGAAUUUCACAAUAUCCAAACGGGGAGAAAAUCCCAAAUUAACCAGUUGCAAGUUUGGCUAUUUUGACCUUAAAGGGAUACCAUAGGCACCAGAACCAUUAUAGCUUGUUUCUUUAGCAAUGGCAAGUUAUUAUCUACUAUUCUAAAUAGGAUUGAUUGCAACAUAUAAAACUUUUGAUUAAUGUAAAUGUUGAAAAAAAAGUGGGGCAUUGUGAUGGGGGGAGUGGUGGGUGGCAAAUUCAUUGCCUAGGGCGCCAAAAAUCCUUGCACCAGCCCUGCAUAUAUGACUGCUUUUGUGUGUAACUGGCAGCUUCCCUGCGCCUCGCUGCCUUUACUCCGUCUCAGCCCCGAGAAAUUGAAGCGCCCUUGCGCUGUUGUGGCAAUAGCAGUCUUUGUGGGGGGCCUGGCCGAGCAGGUUGAAGUGGAUGCCGCUGGACCAGUGUUACACCGGGUGCUAGUCAGCAGCCGUGUAAGUGCGCCCUAGCACCCGGUAACAUGGCCAGCAGCACGAUUUCUAUAGUUAUUCAAACAUAGAGGGGUGGCCAAACGGGCAGAGUAGUUAAGCUCCUGCCGGCGCCCCCCUUUAAACAGCCCUAGGUGGCCGCCUAAUUGGCCUAUAGGAAGCGCCGGCCCUGCUUAGAGUUUAUCUAUGGGUUAUAAAUCCCUACCAAUUUUCUGAAUUCAACCUGGAGAUUUGAACUUCUAAUACAGAUUUACUACAUAGAUUAUAUAUUGUAAGAAUAUAUUUAUUGUUUGAACUGAAAGCCAGUGUGCUCUUAUCGUGGUAGAAUUUACAAUUUAUAACACAAAACUACAUAUAUAAUAAAAUGUUACUGAUCUACAUAUAUACUGAUGUAAUUCAUAGUUUAGUUGGUUACCAUAAAUAAUAUAGUUUAUAUAAUCGGAUUGUUUGUUAAAUACACACGGUAAUGACAGAGUGCAAAAGAAGACAAAUAAGUUUUACUUCAAGUAAGAUAUUUCCCAAUCUACAAAUUAAAAGAUGCAGAAUUUCAAAGGAGUUAAGGUUAGUGGUUAUGGUGGCAUUAGUGUUCUGGCAACACCACCCUUUGUGUGUAGUCAAAAAAGUUUUAAAUUGUUUGACCUCAUACCUGGGGUCUGCCAGGUGCCGCUCCUUGCUUCCACUACUAAUACCGGAGAGCUAGAAGUUCCUAAGUAGGAGUUUCUUUUAGUUCUCCUGAGCUAGGUUCUUGAGCACAGGGCUUAACUCAUUGGCUGAGAGUGUAAUUUGAUUGUUCAGGAACUUCCAGCUCUCCUGCAUUAGUAGCUGAGUCAUGGACCAGCACCCAGCAAACCCCAGGUCAGAAGUCAGACUGUUUAAAAAAAAACACUUUGGCUACUUACAUUGAGGGGCACCAGGGUGUUCCUGGCCCAUAACCACUAUUGCAAACUAGGUAUCUACUGAUAUUGAUUUUUUUUUUAGAGCCGAUACCGAUAAUCUGUGAACUUUCAGGCUGAUAGCCGAUAACUUGCCGAUAUUCUGUACAUUUACCAUUUUGAAAAAAUAAACUAUUUCUAAAGGUAAAUGCACAAAAUAUACAUGCCACAUGUAGUGGAUGCAGUGUAUUUAGACAUGGGAGCUAUGUGUGUUUGUGUAGUAGGUGCAGUGUGUAUUUGUGUAUAUAAUUAAUGCAGUGUGUGUUUGUGUAGUGUGUAUAGUGAAUGCAGUGAGUGUUUGUGUAGAGUGUAUAUUUAAUGAAUGUAGUGUGAGUGUAGUGUGUGUGUGUUUGUGUAGUGUGUGUAUAUAAUGCAGUGUGUCAGUGUAGUGUGUGUGUGUAUAUAAUGCAGAGUGUGUGUGUGUGUUUUCUGAAGGGAUGUAAUUUGUGUAAAAUGGGUGGGAGGGGAGGGCAUUUUUUAUGUUUGUUUUUUUUUGUCCCCCCUCCCUGCUUGUUACCUGGCCAGGGAGGGGGGCUAUGGUAUUCCCUGGUGGUCCGAGGCAUGUACUGAGCAGUGGGAGGGCCCCCAAUAAGCUCUUACUAACCUUCCCAGCAGCUCCCUUCAGCUCCCCCGUGUAAAUCUCAUGGCCUGGGUGCCGCGUGGAGCGUUGCCAUGGUAACCCGUGGCAACACUCUGACGGCCGCGGUACUCGCGAGAUUUACACAGGGGAGCUGCUGGAAAGGUAACAGCUUGCUGCGAGCCCCCCCAGGAUUUAUAAUGGCAAUAUCGGUAUCUUUAUUGGCCGAUACCGAUAUUGCCGAAAAUACCGAAUAUCGGCCGGUAAAAUCGAUAAUCGGUCAAUCCCUACUGCAAACUGUAGUGGCUAUGGUGUUUGGAUUGUUCCUUUCAGUUGUUAUAAAAGGUUUUUGGUUCCUGGUGCAUGUAAGGCACAGAUGUAGGCCUUGAAACAAACCGUGCGUUUAUCCAGUUUCCUAGUAGUGUAAUAAGUGAGAUUCUUAUACUUACUCUUUCAUACUUGGUUAAAUCUGAGAUACUGUCACAAUACCUGCCUCUUUUGCUCCCAUUGGAGUUCACGCUGUCUGCCAUGCGUCAUUUCUGUGCCAAUUGUGAUGCUGGACGCUCCCACACUUCAACCUGCAAUGACACCAGGCCCUUUUAAGGCUGUCAGGAUCGUACACGCAAACCCAGUAACAACAAAGUCAUGCUCUCGUUUUAGCGCAGUCUGUAGGAAUCCUUUCUUUAAGUUCUUGGUCUCUGACUUUGGCCUGUUUUUACUAUUCCAAUCUCUGUACUCCUGACCCUGGCUUGUUUACUUAUUUUCUGGAAUCCGGACCUUGGCUUGUCCUGACUGCUUUACCUGUGAUAUAGAAAUUUAUGAUGGAUCAAUCAUCCAAAAGAUAUAACCAGAGGCUCCUAAUUAGAUAUAUGAGCGCUCGGGAGAACCGAUAAUAAAACCACAGACACUUCGUCGUUUGUAGUUCAAAAUCAUCUUCUCAAUCUUUAAUGGGAGAGCAUCGUAUAUAUAAAAUGGCUUAAAUAUAAAAGUGCAUUAAAAUAAGACCAAAGAAACAAUGACUUACUAGAAAGUGUUAUCUACAAGGUUAAAGCAAACGUAACAUUUAAUGAGAAAGAGAACCAGCCGCAGAAGCAGAAGAAAUAAUCUUUAACCCCUGCAGACGUGGAAGGACUUUACUAAAGCUAAGGCUGUACCCUUUAUAUACCUUUUGUCUAUGACACCUGCUUGGAGGUAUUUCUUGCCUAUACUUUGGCUACAUAGCUUUUAGCCCAGCCACCCAAUGCUCAUGCCCCUUUUUUGCUCUCAGAUGUGCAUGCUAGGUCACACCUUAAAAGAUCACUAUAGGGUCAGGAACACAAACAUGUAUUCCUGACCCUAUAGUGUUAAAACCAUCAUCUAGCCCCCGUGGGCCCCUCAUGCCUCAAUAAGUAUAGCAAAAUCUUACUAUAUUCAAGCAAGCUCUGCAUUCUGUUUGCCUAAAAAAAAACAAGCAGUCUGCUGACAUCAUCAGAAGUGGUAGCCUGAUCCAAUCACAGUGGUUCCUCAUAGGAUUGGCUGAGACUGACAAAGAGGCAGAUCAGGGGCAGAGCCAGCAUGAUUCAAACACAGCCCUGGCCAAUCAGCAUCUCCUCAUAGAGAUGAAUUGAAACAAUGAAUUUCUAUGAGGAAAGUUCAGUGUCUGCAUGCAGAGGGAGGAUACACUGAAUGUUUGGAUGCAUUUUAGGCAGCCAUGACCCAGGAAGGAUCUCUAACAGCCAUCUAAGGAGUGGCCAGUGAAGUUAUCACUAGGCUGUACUGUUAACACUCUAUGAGGAGAUGCUGAUUGGGCAGGGCUGUGUUUGAAUCAUGCUGGCUCUACCCCUGAUCUGCCUCUUUGUCAGUCUCAGCCAAUCCAAUGGGGAAGCACUGUGAUUGGAUUAGGCUACCACUUCUGCUGAUGUCAGCAGGCAGUGGGCGGCUCCAAAGGAAACAUGGACAAACUAUGCAGCUGCAGGCUUGAAUUCAAGUAAGAUUUAACUUUUUUUAGAGGCAUGAGGGGACCAGGGUGGCUAGAUGGUAGUUUUAACCUUUAUAGGAACACAAACAUGUAUUCCUGACCCUAUAGUGCUCCUUUAAAAAAGCCAAUUUCAAUAUGAUUAGGGCAGCUCUACAACAUAUCGACUGGCAUAAACUCCUUAGUGAAAAAACACUGAGGAUAAAUGGAAACUAUUCAAACAAAUAUUAGAAAGGUACAUUUCUCAGUAUGUACCACUCGGUAAUAAAUAUAAAAGAAACAAAUUGAAACCAAUGUGGCUUAGUAGAGAAGUAAAAGAGAUUAAAAAUAAGAAAAGGGCAUUUAAAUCAAACAAAUCCGAGGCAUCCUAGACAAGAUACAAGGAAGCCAAUAAUGCUUGAAAAAAAAAGGCAAUUAAAGUGGCCAAACUAGAAAAUGAUAAAUAGCCAAAGAAUUCAAAACCAAACAUUUUUUCAAGUACAUCAAUUCUAAAAAACCAAAAAAAUAAAAAAGUGUAGGUACACUGUAAACAGCGAUGGGUCUGUUAGUUAAUGAAGACCAGGAAAAUGCAGACAUUUUAAAUAACUUUUUCUUCAAUAUAUAUUAAUGAGGAUCCUAUGGCAAGAGAUAUGCAAAUAAUUGCUGCAAAAAACUUGCAGGUAGCUUGUGACUGGAUGGCUCGAGACAAGGUGCUACAGCAGUUAAAGAAAACUAAUGUAAAUAAAGCUCCGGGUACGAGUACUUAACGACUUCAGGAGACCCUUAACGAUGAGUGACAGACCAGGUCUGCGAUCGCGGGGUUAACAGUGCUCCGGUCUGCCUCUGUAUUAGAGGCAGACCGGGAGCACCCGAUCAUGCUGCCCCUGCAGCAGUGCUCGCUCUGACAGGCUGUCAGAGCGAGCACAUGUGCUGCAUGUACUUACCUUCCGCCUCCCUGCACUUCCGGGUUCACUGUGAAGUGCAGGGAGACGGAUCAGAGCUGAUCAUUUCCCUCUUAAAAAAAAUAAAUAAAGUUUAAUCAAAAUCCCACCCCCUUUACCCAUUUUAAUUAAAAAUUAACCCCUUCCCUGCCAAUUGAUCACUGACUGCAGUGAUCAAUUGGCAGGGAAUACAUUUAACUGUCAUCUGAUUUAUUUAUUUUUAACCCCUGAGGGUUAGUUAAUUUAAUUUUUAUUUAUUUUUUUAACCCUCAGGGGUUAAAUUUAUUUAAUUUUAAAGUUAUAUAUUUAGCUAGCUGGGGUGGGUGGAAGUAAUUGGGGGAUUUGGCGUUAGGCUAACUAGGGGUUAACGUUAAAAAAAGUUUUAAAAUAAGCUUUAAAAAGUAAAAAAAAAGUUUUUUAAUAACUUUAAAGUAAAAAAAAAAACACCCCCCUUUACCCAGUCUAAAUAAGAAUUAACCCCUUCCCUGCCAGUCGAUCACUGCCUACAGGGAUCAAAAUAUAGAUCACAGUACUAUACUGUGAUCUAAUUUUUUUUAACCCUUCAGGGGUUCAAGCUAUCUAAUUAAUUUAAAUAUUUUAUAAUUAUAUAUUUUGCUAGCUGGGGUGGGUGGGAGUUAUGGGAAAGUGGGGAAUUUACUGUUAGUGCUGCUUACUGCUAGUUAGGGGUUAACGGUAAAAAAAGCUUAUAAAAAUGUUAAAUCUGUAAAAGAAAGUUUAGGAAAGUUUAAGAAAAUUAAUAAGCUAAACAAAAGUUUAAAAACUAGUUUUAAAAAGUUUAAAAAAGUUAAAAAAAAUACAUUUUACAAACGCUCAUUACCACUACACCUGGAACAAACUAGAGAAAAAAUGAUCCCACGCUAAGGUUCAAAAUACGCCUUUUGAAUUACCUCAGGGUGUAUUCUUUAAUAGAUAGUAUGUGUUUGUGAGGAAGUUUCAAUAACCAACCAUCUAAACUACUCCAAAAUGGAACAUGGAUACAGCGUAAAACUUCAAAGUUAGAAAAAAAAUUAAAUGGCUGCGUUUCAAAUUUCCCUCUUCAACAUCCACAUAUACUUGACAAACGUACAUAUGGGGGUAUUGCUGUACUCAGCUGACAUAGCUGAGCAACAUAUGUAGUAUUAUACAGUCGUAGCACACAUAAGGUUUGCCAAAUAUACUGUGCAAACUCACUUUGUGUCAAGAAGGCAGAAAAAACGCUUGUUACCACUACACUUGGUACAAGCUAGCGGAAAAUUUAUCCCACGCUAAGGUUCAAAAUUUUGAAAUACCCUGGGAUGUGUUCUUUAAGAAAUGGUAUGCCUUUAUGGUGUAGUUGUAAUAUGUAGCCUGCUCAAGUGUUCCAAAGUGGGACACGGACGCAUCAAAACCCUCCAUGAAAAUUCACACUUAAAAACCUGAACUUGUUACGUCUCUUUUACAGCACUGUAACUUCACAAAAUAGUCUCUAGGUCAUACAUUGGGCAUAUUGUUUUACUCAAAAGACUUAGCUGAGCAUAAUAUGGGGGUUUUGAACUUAGUGGCACAUAUGAAAUAUGCAAAAUGCCCAGCAAACAUGUAAUCCGUAUGUUAAAAAUGCCCAAAAUUAUUUUUUACCACAUACUUUGGCAUAUAUUGGUGAAACUAUGGGGGCAUGUUAAGGCACAAUAUGCACCAUAUGAGAUACCCUGGAGUGUCUACUUUUACAAAUGGUAGGUGUCACGAGCGUGAGCUAUAGGCCAAGCCGAGACAGUGGGGAGAGUGUGGAAGUGACAGGGUUAAUGACACCAGACCCCUGGUUACCUGUUGCUAGUCCCAGCAACCACUCAGUUAACCCCUGCAAUCCCUUCUACACUAACACCCUAGUACACACUUUACUGCCACCACCAAGACUUUUAAACCCGGGCGUAUCUUAGGUUACCCCACACAUAGGAGAAUUAUAGAAUCACAGUUCUACUUUUACUGAUCAAACACAUAUAAUUAACCCUUUUUGGUAACGUGUUUACCUAAGCUUUCCUCUGGAGAGUGAAGCUCAUAGAGAACAGAGACACAAGCUGAUUAAGUAAACAUUUAAUCUGACAAAAAGGAUUCACAGUGCUGAGUACAAAAUACAGAAAUAAAUGACAUACAGAUAACAAAUUGUAAAACAGUACAUAAAAUAAAAUAGGAGGAAACACAAGAAAUUCCUUACAUGUAGUUACCCCAUAUAGAAUUCUUGUGGGAGCCUUAGAUGGUAUAGAUCUCCUAGAAGUUGCUGACCAAAGGCAAAAUGAAGAACUCUCUGGAUAGUCCAACACCCUCAUUAAUAUAUCUAAACUAGUUGUUGCUCAGUGGGCAGACCCCUGGGGGGAGGGAUCAGAGGGGGGUUGGUGUGGCAGUUUAUUGCCCACUCUGUGCAGUUCCUUGUGUCCAGCUCUGGUGAUGGCUAUCUAGAUGUUUUAUGGUCUAGGCCUGGUGCAAGAUCAAAGACCACAAUAAAUGUCAUCCCAAGGUUUACAAAAAAAACAACUCUUAACAUAUAUAAACACACAUCAAACACCAACUCAUGCUUUUGGCAUGACACCUCCCCCUUAAGAUGGUGGACAGAAAAAUUCAGCCACAGGCUGAUUUAUCUGUUUACCAUUAACCCUCUACUUCCCCCUGCAGAGACAGACCAUCUGCAUUCCCAUGCAACCUGCCCUUUUUGUGCUGGGCAGUGAAAUAAUACUGUUGGAGGAUAGGGCUCCAAUGGAGCAGUUUAUCAUUGUUACCUGACACCUGCAGCAGGUUGUGAUCAGUCCAUACCACAGCUACAUUAACAAACAUGCCUGAUUUGUCUGUUUCAAUUUCCCAUCGAUCACUGGUAAAAUCCCAUAAACCACACCCACUGCGCUCAUGUAGUAGUUGUAAGGGGAAGAAACCAAUGGAUUGCUGCAGCACUCCCCGGUAAGCACACAAAAAAGCAGACAGAGAACACUCCCAGGAUAGAUGUGCUGUAUCAACACCCAUCAUCUCUUCCAUUUUGGGGUAUGUCUGCUGGGUUUGUUGCACCUUUGGUUCACAAUCAGAAAGUUGCUUAGGUGUAUGCGUGAGUUGUGAUAAACUGACAAGGUUCCUGGUUCCUCUAACAGUAUGUUUUCCUGCAGCCAUCCUUCCUGGACCCACAGGCUGAGUCUGUCCGUGCCCCUCACUUUCACUCCAGGUCAUCACACAUACCGAACUUUGGAAACUGGCUAAGUCUGGCGCAGAGUAAAGCUCACACACCCUCUGCCCUCCCUCAUAGCCUUGCUGUCCCUUCACAUUUUCACCCAGCGCAUCACAUACAUCUGCUUCAGGCACAUAUAUUCAUUCAGCCCCCUCUCGCUGGAAGGCUUUUCCCAUAUAUUUUCACAGGACACAUUUGACCCCCCUUGAUCAGAUACAGAAUUUUGCACACACUCACAUAAUUUCUUCUCCAAGACAGGCCAUCCUCUCACAAUGUCACAUAGCCCCUCAGACUCUCCUGCUGCAGCCCUGACCCACUGCUGACUUGUUACCACUGCGACUAGUGGUACACAUCCCUGGCUCUCACCUUCCUCCUCCCCCUUACUCUCUGACAUCCCAGCCUCACAGUAUUUUGAUACAGGCACAUCACUACUCACUCCUAUCUCACAUUUGGUAGACAUCACUGGUUCAGUUACAGGUAGAUAUUUAUCCACACCCUGCUCUCCCUCCCAGCAAUCACAGUUCACAAUGUCUCCCAAAGUUUCACACAAUACCUUAGGUGGAGCCGUCUGCCCUGCUGGCUCACAAACAGUGUCUUCUGGAGCAUAGUGACAGAGCAUCCUGCCCAAAUCAUUCCCCAACAGAACAUUAACAGGGAUAUCCUCCGAAAUCCCCACUUCCCGCAAACCUUUUCCCACCUCCCAAUCAAGGUACACACGUGCCAAGGGCACAGCGGGGCGUACACCCCCAAUUCCUUUGAUGGACAUGGUUCUUCCAGGGAUUAUGUCCUCCAUAUUCACCACUUCAGGGCGCACAAGGGUGAAUGAGGCUCUAGAAUCUCUGUCCCAUGGUCACUCGGUCACCCACAAUUACACUCUGCAUGUUAUCCUCUUGUUUGCCCACGGACCCACCCACAAGCAAAACUGAUGGUCCCCCUCUACGGGCUGGUGAGGGUAUAUUCCUAGUGGGGCAAGUCCUGCUCAGAUGACCAAUCUGGUUGCAUCGAAAACAACGGCGGGCAUCUGACUCAAUGAACACAAGAUAAACUUUUGUGCAGGAAUAGCACACACCAACUUUACAAAAUACACAUAAGAAGUUCUUUGUUAUAAAUUUGUGUGCCAAAAACCAAGAAAACACAAUUUUACUCCAAUAUUUAGCAGAGCUUGGCGGUGAAAUGGCUACGUACAAAGUGUCAAAACAACCUUAGGUAAAUAGCCUGUGAUGUCUAUUUUAUAUAAAUAUAUACUUUUGUGUGGCAAUUUUGGUUUCUUUUAUGGCUAUUAAGUUUACAAGACAAACAUACCAAAUUCUAAAAUCGCUCCAAAUUAAAAGUUUAUUUUACGCCUUGUGCUUUGUGACCUGUAACUACCAAAAAAAAAACUUAAAAUCCCAGACACAUUAUAUAUUCUGUAAAUCAGAACAACUAAAUGAAUUUAUUUUUAACUACUUUCCUUAACCUGCACUAAUUAUGCACACACUGUAAAAAAAACAAACACAUUUUUCAUUUCAUUUUUGCAUUUUUCUGUAUUUUAUUUUUAUAAUAAAUAAGCAUUUGUGUGUGUGUGUGUGUGUGUGUUACAUCAAAUUAAAGCCCUUUUUGUCCAUUAGAAAACAGUAUAUAAUAUGUGUCGGUGCAAUGAUCUUUGGAACAGUACCUAAAUUACACAAUUUCCACCUAUCCAUCAAAACAAAUUCAAAUGGCACACUGACCGCAGUCCACUCUUUCAAAUACUUGGGUAUGAUGUUAGACCCCAAUCUAUCUUUUGGCCUGCACAUAGAAAAGCUUGCAUCUAAACUUUAUCCAAAAUUAGGUGCCCUGUACAGAAACAAAUCCUGCCUAAGCCCUACAGUAAAGGAAAAUAUUGUACAGCAAAUGCUGAUGCCAAUCAUUGAUUAUGGGGAUGUAGUAUAUGCGUCUGCAUCGCAAUCCCACAUUAAUAAACUCAACACAUUGUAUAACUCGUUCUGCCGAUUUGUGCUACAAUGUAAUUACAGGACUCACCAUUGUGACAUGCUAAAAGAACUAAACUGGCUGUCGCUGGAAUCCAUACGCACCCUUCAUCUUUCCAGCCUUGUGUUUAAGAGCUUUUCUGGGAAACUCCCACCCUACCUGAACACAAUGCUUUCCUCAGCUGUUCCCACUUCCUAUAACCUCCGAUCCAGUACCAACACUUUACUUAGUCUACCUCAAUACAAAAAGAAAGCAGUCCGAUCCUCCUUCUCCUACAGAGCACUGCAAUUGUGGAACGACCUCCUGCAGAAUUUAAACUCUUCCCUAAGCCUAAAGUCCUUUAAAGAGAUCCCUCUCUACAUACCUCAAAACAGAAUGCACCUGUCAUGUUAAAUAUUGUAUUUUAUUGUACCCUAAUUGUAACAAUGCAAUAAUUUGUGGACCCAGGACAUUCUUGAAAAUGAGAGAAAUCUCAAUGUAUCUUUCCUGGUAAAAUAUUUUAUAAAUAAAUAAUAAAUGAGAGAGAUGCAAAUUGCAGUUGAACGCAAACAGCAAGAAAAUGCAAAAAUUGCUUCUGUCAUUAAAGCGGCACUGUCAUGCCGAAUCUCGUUUUUUUUUAACCCGCCUCCACUACAUCCAAUUGACCCACUAGUCACCCCCAAAUGCCCCUAACUCCCCCACAUUACCUAUUUUUUAAUCCUCAUUUUCUGCCCCGAUCUUGAUUCAGGGCGCCACCAUCUUUGUGUGGGUAGAUGAAGUCCCUGUGGGACACGUCAUCAGCCCACACUAGACAGACUGUGAGAUUCCCGCACAUGCCCAGUGAAACACCUGGACAUGCGAACGGGAAUUUAAUCUAUUCAUUCAUUCAUCAGAAAGACGAAUGAGUGAAUAGAAAGAUCAGCCGAACAAACUGACACAAUGUAUUAGUGUUAGUUUGUUUGUUCAGUUUAUUACAAGGAGGGAGCUACCGGCAUGCAGCUCCCUCCUUGUAAUAUGUAACUAUAGAAGCGGCAGGGAGCAGUGCUCCCCACCACUUCAUAAGCCCCCCCAGUACACCCUCUCACUCUAGGGGGGUCAAUAUGACCCCCAUAAUAGCACAAGGGAGAUUAAAAUCUCCCAAAUGCCCCUACUCGCUAUACCGCGAGUAGGGGCAUGUCUACUAAACAGUGAGCAGCCUGUGGCUGCUCACUGUUGAAAAAAAAUGACAAAUUACAAUAAGGGGGGCGGACCUAUUGUCCUCCCCCCCUCCCCCACCCUGAGCGGCGGGUGGGGGCCAUGAAGAUAAUGAGGGGGGGGGACCUACUGUCCUCCCCCCCGGCCCCCACCCCUGAGCGGUGGGUGGGGGCCCUUAUAAAACAAUAAGGGGGGGAGACCUACUGUCCUCCCCUCUGGCCCCCACCCCUGAGCGGUGGGUGGGGGCCCUAAUAAAACAAUAAGGGGGGGGACCUACUGUCCCACCCUGGCCCCCACCCACCGCUCAAAUAAAGAUAUGGGGGGGAACUUCUGUCCCCCUCCCCCGUCCCCCACCCCUGCGCGGUGGGUGGGGGCCCUAAUAAAACAAUAAGGGGGGGACCUACUGUUCCCCCCUGGCCCCCACCCCUGAGCGGUGAGUGGGGGCCCUAAAUAAAGAUAUGGGGGGGAACUUCUGUCCCCCCCGACCCCCACCCCUGCGCGGUGGGUGGGGGCCCUAAUAAAACAAUAAGGGGGGGACCUACUGUCCUCCCCCCCUGGCCCCCACCCCUGAGUGGUGGGUGGGGGCCUGAGUAAAACAAUAAAGGGGGGGACCUACUGUCCCCCCCCCUAAAUGAAACACCCCCCCACCCCAAUCAAGGUGACUAGGGGUCCCAAGCCCCUAGUCACCCCCCCCCCACCCAAAAAAAACCUAUCCCCUACCUACCCCCCUCACCCUAAAAAUAGUGAGGGGGGAAUAAAAUAACUAACCUGUAAAAAAAAAAAAUUAAACUUACCAUUUGACGUCUUCUUUUUUCUAAAAUCAUCUUUCUUCAGCCCCCAAAAAGGCCAAAUAAAAAUCCAUUAUACCCGUCGCACUUUAAAAAAAAAAAAGAGCGCAAAAAAUAAUUAAUGUUCUCGCCGAGGGCACAACACCGCUGCAUUGAGAGAAGUCUGUUCUCAGCUUGUAUUAGUUAGAAUUACUGAUAUGCCAAUCAGAGUGUUUGAAAGUCAUGCAUACAGCGCAGUUCUUUGAAUUUUCCCCACGCUGUGUGUAAAAUGAUACCAGAAAGCACUCUGAUUGGCGGUAACCCACCAAUCAGAGUGUUCUAAGCCUAAUUGCAGGGCGGGGCAAGGCUUUACAAUCCUUGACCCGCCCUGCGGAGUUCAGUCCGCGGCGUGCCCUCGAAGGGCGAACAUGGAUUAUAAUUUUUUUUAUUUUUUCAAAGUGCGACGGGUAUAAUGGAUUUUUAUUUGGCCUUUUUGGGGGCUGAAGAAAGAAGAUUUUAGAAAAAAGAAGACGUCAAAUGGUAAGUUUAUUUAUUUUUUUACAGGUUAGUUAUUUUAUUCCCCCCUCACUAUUUUUAGGGUGAGGGGGGUAGGUAGGGGAUAGGUUUUUUUUGGGUGGGGGGGUGACUAGGGGCUUGGGACCCCUAGUCACCUUGAUUGGGGGGGGUGUUUCAUUUAGGGCCCCCACCCACCGCUCAGGGGUGGGGGCCAGGUGGGGGGAGGACAAUAGGUCCCCCCCCUUAUUGUUUUAUUAGGGCCCCCACCCACCCCGCAGGGGUGGGGGCCAGGGGGGGGCCAGAAGUUCCCCCCCAUAUCUUUAUUUAGGGCCCCUACUCACCGCUCAGGGGAGGGGGCCAGGGGGGGACAGUAGGUCCUCCCCAUCUUUAUUUAGGGCCCCCACAGGCAUGGGGGGGGUAUUAUUAUUUUUUUUGUUUGUUUGUUUACAGUGAGCAGCUAUAAGCUGCUCACUGCUUACUAUACAUGCCCCUACUCGCGGUAUAGCGAGUAGGGGCAUUUAAUUUACUAAUACUAAGUAAUUUUUACUUAGUAUUAGUAAAGUUGGCUGAAAGACCAAUUUAGGUCUUUCAGCCUUUUAGUAGAUAGCUCCCUGAUACCGUGGGAAUUAGGGAGUUAUCUACUAAGCGGCUGCAAGGUGCAGCCACAGCAAGAAUAGGAUCGGAGUUUCAUUCAUUAGAAUGAAAUUCCGAUCCGAAUAAAAUGCCGAAUUGCGUUCUAAAACAAACGAACAUACUGUUCUCAUUCAGUUAGAACGCAAUUCAGCAGUUUUGUGUAAAGUGACAGGAAGCAUCAUGGGAACACAGAGGGAAGGUAAGGAUUAUGGAAAAAUUGCUCUGACCAGCGGAAAUGAAGCACACUUUGCUCCUCCGCUGGUCAGAACUGGUCAAGCGGAGGAAUCCUCCAUAAGGCAAAAAGUCCCUACUUUGUCUUAUGAUUUUAAAGAAAACUAAAGAAGACAGGAAGAAAAGAAUAACAGAUCCUGAGAGAGGGGGAGAAGAGGAAGAGAUUGAGGAAAGGUAAGUUCGGCAUGACAGUGCCGCUUUAAGUGUAAGCUUCUGAAGCUGUGUCCUUAAGGGGUUAAGGAGCUAAGUGGGGAAAUAAGUGAACCUCUGUAUUUAAUCUUUAAGAUUUUUUUUUGUUUCAGGUAUUGUACCAGAUGAUUGGAGGAAGGCAGAUGUCGUUCCUAUAUUUAAAAAGGGUUCAAAAUCCUUGCCUGGAAAUUAUAGACCUGUGAGCUUAACUUUUGUGACUGGGAAAUAAUUUGAAGGGCUAUUAAAGGAUAAUAUUCAGGAAUUCAUUGGGAAGAACUUUAUUAGCAAUAAUCAGCAUGGUUUUAUGAAACAUAGGUCAUGUCAAGCUAACCUAAUUGCAUUCUACAAAGAAGUAAGUACAAGUAUAGGUCAGGGUGUUGCAGUGGAUCUACUUAGAUUUUGCCAAGCAUUUGAUUACCUCUGAUGAACCUCACUGGCGAAACUCGCGCGUCAGGGGUUCUGGACACAUACUGACACAUUAUUGGUGUCGGCAUCUAACUCUCUGCUUAUUAAUUGCGAUACUACCGACAUUAAGUGCAUUUAAGUCCAGCAUCUCAGGAGUGUAUAUUGGAGACUCUUAACACUAUUUAACUGCACUCUGUGUAUAUACUUUGUUUCUCUUUCUUUCUCUUAAUUACAUUUUAUGGGGGGAAAUUUAUAAGACCAGUCAUUUGAUUAAGGGGUGCCCUUGAAGGCACAAGACUCAGAAAUCCUAUCCUAUACGCCUUCCUCUGUCACUGACUAUAUUAUUAUUUUUUCUAUCACUCAGGCAGUUUGUUUGAAAACUGUCUAAAAAUCUUUUUUGUUUUCUUUAGACUUGGACUUAUCAUUUUAAUGCAGUUAUCAUUUAGGCAACGUUUGUUUCUGUUAACUGCUGCGUCCUUCAUAGCUAAACUACUCAUUUUUGUUUCGCUGUUGCUAUACGAUAAUAUACUGCUUUAGAUAUUUUUCUGCUAAACGGAGUCAGCUCGGCAACCCCUUAUCUCAUACUUCACCGCUGGACAGUAACCUCUAAUUUAUGAUCUACAUGCUGCUACUCUCUAGGCAGCUUUCGUGAUAUUUAACUAGCUAAUUGCCGUCUGUCAGCAGAGUAUUUCAGCUGAACACUGCUGACAGCACUGGUUUGGCAGUCUUUGAUUCUCUCCCCCUUUUGUUACAGUUAUUAGUGAUACAUUGUUGAUACUUGUUUAACUUGUAACACCUUUGCAGUUCAUAUUAGUAGACACUGAGUUUUACUUGCUGUAUAGUCUCCACGUACUCCUGUUGUUCUUGUCCUUUUUCUUUUUUCUUUUCCAUAUUUAUUUUAGAUUUAUUUAUUAAAAGUUACUUUUUAACUUUACUAUUUUCUUCAGCAAAUUAUACACAGGUAGAAUGGCAUUUCUUUCUUUUUUUUUGUUUAUUCCCUAUGAUAUUCACCAUUUAGGGGUUACCCUCCUUUUUUUUUUUUUUUGUGCAUUGUACCUUGUGUUAUUCAAUAUAAGGCUCUAGGUUGACUUUUUGUUUUGUAUAACAGCAAUUGGAUAAAUACUUGCAAAAGCAUAACAUACAGGGAUAUAAUUUCUAAUUAGUGGGGUAAUAGCUGCUUGAUCCAAGGAGACAUCUGACUGCUAUUUUAGGGUCAAGGAGGAAUUGUUUCCUAGUUUGUUGCUAAAUUGGAAGCGCUUCAGACUGGUUUUUUUGCCUUCUUUUGGAUAAACAGCAAAAACAUAUGUGAGGAAGGCUGAACGUGAUGGACGCAAGUCUCUUUUCAGCUAUGUAACUAUGUAAUGACCUAUACUAUAUGUAAUGACAUUCAAGUGACUAUAACAUUAACAAAGAAAGCUUAAAUAAGAAGAGUUUUGUUGGAAUGCAACUAAUUUGUUUUGUUUGACAGAUUAGAACUGCUGGAAUUCACCCUUUUUGUUUACAAAGCUUAAUUUAUAUCUUAUAUCCUUGUUUCAUUUGACUUUCCAGGUUUGAAAAAUAGCCAGUGUUUGAUGUUUUAGUGCAGAAGGGAAACAGCAGCUGUUUCAGUCUGAAAUAUAUAACUGUUAAGAAACUCUAUUAUAUUUUUAAUAUCUUAACAUUAUCUCUAUGUUAUUUUUUUAAUCCGUGUGUAAGUAAGAAAUCCCUUCGUAGACUUCCCUACUCCCCCUUUCUGUCAGCAUUUUCAUGCAACUUGAGACACAGGACAAGUUUUAUGAUCGAAUGCUCUCUAUUUUAGAACUGUCCAUUGCUUUUUAAAAUCUGCAUUUCUGGCAGAUGAUUUUGACAAGCCAUAGAUGAUUGCAAAAUAAUGAGCAUCAUAGGAGAUGAUGCAUAGGAUCAGACCAAAUAUUGCCUAAUUAGAUUGUUCUCAGAAGCAUGAAUUAAAAAUAAUAGAAUGUCCUAACAUGAAUAAAUUAAGAAUUUUUGGGGGCGGAGCCAGCACCCGAGCUAACCGGCCGCAUCCUCAGACAGCUCCGUGCGACACGCUCAAUUAACUCGCUCAGAGCCAUAAUCCCCGCACACACCGGGCACCUAAACCGGUUCACAGCUUACCGACGAUAUGGGGAAGAAGAACAAGAAGCAGAGGGCGGAUCCGGGCAUGGGAUCCGGAGAUAUAGGGGCUUUUCUCCGAGCCGCAUCGCGGCCUGCUGAAGCCAAGAUGGCGCCCGAGAUCUAUGCCUCACAAUCCUCGGACGAGGAUAGCUACUAUGCAGAGACUGCACUGCCGACCCGCACGCAACAACUGCCACUGAGACCCGUAGACAUGGGGGACGCUGCUCCAGCCACCAAGGCGGAUAUCAAAGCUUUGGUGAAGGACAUUCAGGCUAUGUUCCAAGCAGACAUGGCGCUAGUAAGGGCAGACGUAGCUACACUCACCAAUAAAGUGGCAAAUGUGGAAGAGGGCCUGAGGGACACUAAACUGGCGCAAAGUGCCACGGACGCAGCGCUGAACUUACUCCGCAAGCAAUACGCAGACCAACAAACCCAACUGGCUGGCAUGGAAGACCGGUACAAGGCAAGAAACCUGCGGGUUCGUGGAGUGCCGGAGACACUCACCGGCUCGGAAUUGCCGCACUAUUGCCGACGGCUGAUAGCUACUUUACUUACGCCAAGACAAGCUAAGUUGAUCACGAUAGACUCUUGUUUCAGACUCACCAGGGCGGCCGCCACACCACGCGAAGGAGCUGGUGACGUACUGAUUAAAUUUAUGCGGGACUCUGACAGGGGCAUGAUUAUGGGGGCUUCAAGAGGCUCCCCCACGGUGGCGUUUGAAGGGGCACAACUAACGUUCUACAAAGACUUCUCCAGACACACCAUGAUGUGGAGGAAGUCCUUUCGCCCAGUCACCCAGCUACUCCGGGAACAAGCCAUCCCCUACAAAUGGGGCCCACGCCGACUACAGGCAGAAAAGGCGGGCGAAACACAUAAGCUGUCUCACGCAUCUGAUAUACCAGCCUUCCUGCAGGCACUCGGCCUUCCAGCGCUAACGACACAGCAGUUGACCCAUCCAACAUGGUCUGUAGCGGAGAUUACCCCCUUCGUGCCUAGAAGAGAGGCUCAGAAAACCUCUGCCCUACCAACCUGAAGCAGCAGCAGAGCAGGGCCCACACGCCCUUAACCUGUUGCGCCUGACAAGGGACAUACCUGAUUCGUUCCACGUUUGUUCUUGGUUAUACCCAAUACUGAUGCUGUUGGUUAUUGUUUUUUAUUUCUGUUUUUAUUCUCCCUUUUCCUUCCAACAAUGCUGCUACUCAAUAUCAUGCUCUUCCCAAACCCGCACAAUACUGGCUCCGUAAGCCUUCAUAAUAAUCAUACGUAUUGAGCCAUUUUUACCCCCCCCCCCCUCCUAACAACCAGAGUGCGUUACACAGCUUGAAAUAUACAGCACACUACAUGCUGCACUCUCAGCUAGCGACUUAGAUGACCACACCCAGCUGAGACACACAUACCUUCCCUAGCUCACCUAACUAAGGCCCCACGCUCAACACUAGCACAUUCAAAGGUGCCUUGAUACCAACUACAAGUUAUACCUUGACACAAGCAGGCAGGCACCUAACUCUACAUAAUGCCUUUACUACACAUUAUUUAAAAAUAAAAAAGAGGCUGACAAGUUUCGGAGAUGUUGUAUGGUAAACUGUGAUACCCCAUCCUGUAUGACUUUUAUUGUCUCCCUUUCUUUAUUCUGUACCCGUAAAGUCUAUACCUCAAUAAAAGAUAGAAUUCAAAAAAAAAAAAUUAAGAAUUUUUUUUUCAUUGAUGACAGUGUUCCUUUAAGUUCUUCUUAAUUUUACUUAAGAGUUGGAUCUACAACAUUUACAAUAUGGAUACAUGUUGUUGUGUACAUGCUUUGUUUCUUUGCUAUUGUCUACAUGUGACAUGGAUAGUAUCUACACAUAUAUCUUUAUUUAUUACUAUCUAUGUCCCUUGCACACUGCCAAAUAGCUAAUAGAUUUUCUUAACAGUACCAAUGAUUUUAUUGAUUAUUUAGAGAUUUGUGGAAUGAUACUACAAGGUGUGGUGUAUUACCAAAUUAUAUAUAUUAUAUAUAUAUAUAUUACACAAGGUUAGUCUACAUUAAAAAGGUAUUUAUUAGAAGGCAACAACACAAUACUAUAAAUUUAUCACAAGCACACAGCCCAGACCCACGGAGUAACAACUCUUUUUAAAUCUAUCUAUCUAUAUAGUUAUCCCCUUCCCCUCACAUUUGAUCUCACCCACGGUUAGGCCCUUUACAUCUAGUAAUGGCUCAAUGCUGCAAGUUCAACAUCACAUCCACAAAGGAAGCAACAGACAGUAACAUAGUUCACCAUGAUAAAAAUUAGCCCAUGUCUGCUCAGUAGCACAGCCAAGAAGGAACAAGGAGGAAUGGAGAUAGGGGGAAGUGGUUAUCUCUCUCCUGAUUUGUAAAGGUAUUGAAUUACCCAAUUACCAUAUCAAAGGGUAAAGCUUAUCCCUCUGUAAGAAAGGCAUACAUGAGCUUGGUCACAUGACCCCUGGUCACCAUAUUAGUUUGAUGACAAAAUGUCACCACACAAAGUUUAAAUUAUUGUCCCUGUAUUAAAGGAACAAUCUAAGCACUAUUCUAGUUCUCCAUUUUGAAAAGUUUGAGUUUGUUUUUAGUGACUGUGACACGGAUCUAUUAUUCACUUAACAAUCUUUGUUUUUGUUUUUUGGUGUAGUUUUGUGAAACCACGAGUUUCCAACCAGUCCAUCCAUUAAAAUGAAAAUUUAAUGACCAGCUAUGGAUGGAAGACAAGAAAGCAACACUUCAGAGGCCACCAGAGUAAAUUGCUUAAAAAAGACCUGGCAAAGCUGGAGCAAAGAUCACGUGGAAUACCAGAGACAAAAUCCAUUUAGUAAUGCAACCCUGCCAAACAAUCAACGUCUAGAUGUGCAAAGUCCAGAAUAUGGUCGACCAAAAGCAGGCUCACACACAGAGGAAAGGGGCAAGGAUGCACACAGACAUGUGGGGAAAGAGUUGGAGGAGCUCUGUUUGGUCAUAAAAACUGUUGGUGUUUUAGGAGAUGAUGGUCACACCAAAGUAACAUUUGGGAGACUGUUUGAAACAUAUGUAAAUAUUUCUAACAAAUUAGUAGGGAUUCUGCUGAGAGGAAGAAAACAUGGACUGCUCAAGUUUGAGGGAGAAAUGUUAUGGCAGGGGAGAGAUGACCAUGUCAUCAUUACUUUGAUACAACAGUGUAUAUAAUUUUAAUUAUUUCGUUACCGAUAAAAUGUUUUUUUUCUGUGUUGCAAGACUGGAGUAUGUAAGCCUCCUCUAUUUCAUACAACAAUGUGACAUGCAUCUCCAAGUCAUAUUCACUGAAUGAAAACACGUUGAAUUAUUAUGAAUGAUAAUGAGAAUGACACUGUUUUACAAUGCUUUAAUAAAAUAAAAAUAAAAAAUAGCUUCUAGUGUCUCGUUCAAGCCCUACAAAAGAAUUCUCAGUAUAGACUAGCAAAGACAUUUAGCAAAAGGUUUACCUCCAUCCAUGCUUUUCUGGUUGUUAUUGUAGCAGUUCAUUGCUGUUGUGAUGUGAUAAUCUUCAAAGAUGAGCUUUGAGGACG